UUUAGAAUCAACCAUUUCGUGCAUUACCUAGGAUAGCUUUUUGAAAGAAUUUGAUAUGAAUCCUGCGAACAAAAUGUGCUCAAUUCUUCAAUAUUUCACAGUGUUUUUCAUAUUUUUAAUCAACGAAGAAAUUAAAAACUGUCUCCCUGCCAAUUUAAAAGAUCCGCAAGUAGAUGCAAAAGCCAUCGUGGAUUCAAAAUUCGACCAUAAAACGGUGGCAAAAAUAUUGCCAUUUAGGACCCAAGAAGAAUGUGACGCGAUAAACAAAGCUGUAGCUUCAUUCAAUGCAGGUAAACCUUUGGUAGACCCUAAGUACAUCCCUUUGCAGAGUUGCAAUCCUUACGACGAUUUGGUUUUCGCCCUGAUUAACGACAGAAUGACCGUUUACAGCAUGUACUUGGGGGAGUACCUCUUCAAUCGAGACGAAACUUUCAUUAUCAUGGUAUUCGUACAAGUCGACGAUAGAACUGCGUUCAUAGAUCUCUACAACAAACAACACACUGUCAUUUUCGACGAUGCUCGUCGUAGCAACAGACAUCCUUUUCAAAAUGCGUUAAGAGUUUGGGCGGAAGAAAACAGGCAAGGCAGUCCACCAGAAUGUGCCAUCAAUGGGUGUUGCUCCAAAGGUCAAUUUCUACAAGAUGAACGAUCAUUAUGGAACAAGAAAAAGAGAGAUGAUUUGGAAUACGUUCUAAUGAAGCAGUCUUUCGACGACAGUAAAUGCUCGAUACACUGUUACGGAACCAGGAUGCCAGAACAACCAGCCAACUUUUUAGAUGACAUCAAAAAUAACAUAGAUAAUCAAGAUCUCGUCGACCUAUACUCUUCUUUGGUUAAUUAUAUUCAGAAUCAAGAUGAAUAUUUGGCUAAGAAACUUCACGAUUAUUGCAACGGUCAAGAUAACUGGGCUGUUUGGAUAAUCAUCCUGUCGACUCGACGAGGCGAUCCGAUGAAAUUAAUCGAUACAGCUUUUCAAGGCCUUUAUCAAAAUGUUACUUUGAAAGAUUACAUUACGAAAUGCGACAUUCAAGAUCCAAUAUUCAAAGACAUGCUGACAAAUUUGGUAGAUCCGGUAUCAAUAAAGGAUCGACAGAAACCUCCACCUCCACCAGCACCGCCUUCUGAAUCAGAAGCAGAUUUAUAUGAACCAUCUUCAGAAAAUGAUAGGUAGGCGUGAGAAUCCUAUACAUGAAGUUGAAAUAUUCUUGAAAUCAAAUACCAGAACCACUUUGUUCCAUCUUUGACCUAAUAUGAUUACAAAAUAUAUUUAGGUACCUUAAAUAAUAAGAAAUACACGUACAAUUUUCAAUGCAAAGCUGAAAAAUUCAAAAAAAUGAAGUCCAAAAUUGAAAAAAAUCAUAGUCAAAGCAAAGG